AUGUCAAUUGAAGCUGGCGCAAGCCAAUACACAGUCCUCCAUGAAUUGGGGAGUGGGAGCUUCGGGACUGUUUAUAAAGCUAUCGACAAGACAACCGGAGAGAUAGUAGCGAUCAAACAUGUCAGUACCUUUCAGGCUCGCCAAUUGACACAAGCUGACUUGAACCAGAUCGAUCUAGAGUCUACCGACGAGGAUAUUCAGGAUAUUCAAUCAGAGAUCUCGAUUCUCAGCAGCUGCACCAGCCCGUACGUUACGCAGUACAAAGCCAGUUUUCUCCGAGGCCAUAAGCUAUGGAUUGUGAUGGAGUUUUUGGGUGGGGGGUCCGGCUUGGACUUGCUGAAACCCGGGAAUCUUAACGAAGCCCACGUCGCAAUCAUAUGCCGGGAAUUGCUCCUCGGUUUAGAAUACUUGCACCAGGAAGGAAAGAUACACAGAGAUGUCAAGGCUGCAAAUGUAUUGUUAUCGACGAGCGGAAAGGUCAAACUGGCAGAUUUUGGUGUUGCCACACAACUCACGAAUAUCAAAUCGCAACGAAAUACCUUUGUUGGAACUCCAUACUGGAUGGCUCCAGAAGUCAUACAAGAGGCGGGGUAUGAUUACAAGGCAGAUAUCUGGUCUCUUGGUAUAACCGCUUUGGAAUUGAUCAAUGGGGGACCUCCACACGCGGACGUACAUCCUAUGAAGGUCCUGUUCCUGAUUCCGAAACAAUCCGCGCCUAGGCUGGAAGGCUCCCAGUAUAGCAGAGAUUUCAAGGACUUCAUUGCGCAAUGUUUAGUUAAGGAUUGCGACAGACGACCUUCAGCUAAGGAGCUCUUGAGGCACAAGUUCAUUCGAUCUGCUGGUAAGGUCGAGGCUCUCCAAGAGCUGAUCGAGAGAAGACAGUUAUGGGAUGGGGCAAGAGAGAGACCUUCACACCCAAAAUAUUAUGAGGAGACAUUGUCAGUUCUCAAUCCCACCAAGGCCACGUCUACUGCUAACAUCCACAGACAUACAAUGUCCCCCAAGAAUGACCCAGAUGAGUGGGUAUUUGAUACGGUCAAGAAAGCCACAGUGGCGGCUAGAAAGAAUACUACAAAGCGGCGAAAGUUAUCAGUCAUUCAUGCGAACGGCCAAGGUCUUGCUUCUGGUGCCGAGGAAGCCCUGAAGAGACUUGACAUCAAGGAUGCCCCCUUGGAUUAUUCAUCACCCCCACCUGCGACAGUAAUACGAGGCACUGUUCGCAGGCAGCCUUCAGUCGUCCUUGCUUCGCCGACCAAACCCCGCCAACCGAGUAGCCAGAGGCGGCCUCUUCAACCAGACAUGAGCUUUGGUAAUAGCGCAUCCACGGUUCGCGUUUUCCGUCGGGUAUCAGACAACUCUACCGCGGCUCAAGUUGACUCCGAUAUUUCGGUUCCUGGAACCACACGUGAUGAAAACCGACCCCCUAUGGCAGAAACCGUCACGAAGGACGCAAUUUAUGGCAGGCGUUUAUUCAACAAGGUCAUAGAUCCUUCAUUUCAAGAAGUGCAUGCUCAGACUGGCAAUCAGGCAAAGCGAGAUGCACUUUCACGACUCGCUGAUGCAUGGAGUGCUCUCGAUGCAAUUGACCCCGAGGGGGAAUAUCAAUUAAUGAAACUCUUACUUGAGAAAGUGCAGAACGACCCGAAGCUAGCAGCACAUUUAUCCCCAUCGAAAACCACAAGCCGAGAUGGGACUCCACAAGCGUCGCCUCAAAAAUCUGGAGCGAAGUUGGUUCUUGCGCAGAACAAUCCUCAUCUCAAGAGCCACCGACGUCGGCAAUCAAGCAUGUUGCCUGAAGAUCCAAAGGAGAAACUUGCCAACCUUCCUGGUCAGGCAAUACCGGGAAUGGAGCACACGAAGCAACUCGCGGAUGUUCUGUAUGGACGCUGGGCAGGUGGAUUACGCAACCGCUGGCCAGGUGCCUGA